GCUGCAAACUUUAUGCGCAGGCAGAGCGCUGGAGGAAGUUGUUAAUUCUAGUUUUGUUUUCAUUUCUGAACUUUCGGCUCGGGUUUUAUGAAGUAGGAAAGCAAGCAGAAUAAUCCUGUCCUCUUUUGGAGUGUGCAGUUCUAGUUUGAGGUUUGUUUUUGUCCAGUCGUCCUUUUAUUUGUUCAGCAUCAGAUCCAGAGGGAUGAAGGAGCUGCAGAAGGAGCUGCUGGGGUGAAGGAGGAGGAGAAGAAGGAGACAGUAAAGCUGAUUUCAUGUGUGUUUGUCAGCCCAGCGUUACUCCCGUUUCAGAGCGAAAUGACAGAAGUGCGAUGCAGAAAACUGGUUGAGAAGGACGACGCGACGUCUGAGGUGCACCAACAGCAUGAGGAAGGUGUUCUGAGGGAUGAGGAGGGUUGUGAUGGUGUGGGAACAGACGCGGGCUCUGCUGUAAACGAAGGCAUGGAGAGCGGAGCAGACGCAGACGAUGCGAGAACAGACGCAGACCAGACGGAGUCUCCGUCUCCCUCUGCCGAGGAGGAGAAAAAGGACGAGCAGGACUCCAACUCCUGCACGACUUCAGCCAAGGCAACAAAGACGAGCAGCAAAUCAGUGGUGUUUCAGAGGUUAGCGAAGCUCUUUAUCGGCUGUGUGGCAGCCAUCACCUGUGGGAUGAUGUACGCCGUGUACCUGAGCACAUACCACGAGAGGAAGUUCUGGUUCUCCACUCGCCAGGAGCUGGAGAGAGAGAUCACCUUCCAGGGAGGCAGUGGUCUUUAUUACUACUACUACAAGCACAUGCUGUUCGCCUCAUCCUUUGAGAAAGGUGUGUAUGAGCUGAUGCAGGAUAACAGGACAUUAUCUGGUCAGACCAUUAAUGCAGUGGACCAGCUGUCUCUCUACCCCGAGCUCCUCAGCAGCCUGCUGUACAAACUGAGUGGCAGUCAGGAAUCCAUAGAACCGGUUUAUUUCUACAUCGGCGUGGUGUUUGCGCUGCAGGCCAUCUACGUGACGGCUCUGUUUAUCUGCAGCUGGGUGAUGAGCGGCACGUGGGUGGCUGGGAUGCUGACAGUGGCCUGGUUCAUCAUUAACAGGCCCGACACGACAAAAGUGGACUACGCCAUUCCUUUGAGAGAUAACUGGGCUCUCCCUUACUUCUCCUGCCAAGUAGCUGCUUUAACUGGCUUCCUGAGCAACAACAUCAGCUCUACAGCCGAGAUGUUCUGUUACCUGCUAAUGAGCGUAACGACGUUCACCUUCAUAGUGAUGUGGGAGCACAGCCACUACAUACUGUUUGUACAGGGACUUGCGCUCUUACUACUGGACUGCUUUGACCUCAUACCAGCACGCAAGACAGCAGAUGUCCAUAAGGUGUAUCUGAGCUCUCUGUUAUUGGCCUACAUUCUGCAGUAUCAGAAGCCCAGUCUGCUUUCCUGUCCUCUCCUCAGUCUGCUUCUAGCCAACGUACUGGCCAAAUACCUGCAGCAAAAAAUGAAGAUGGGCCCGCUGGUGGCGAGACUGAUGAAGAUCGUGCUGCACCUGUACUUGGUUUUCACCGCGAGCAUCACCUUCAACUACCUGAUAAAGAGAAUCUUUCCAGUCAAUCAGAGUGACUUCAUACUGAAAUUCCUGGAGGUCAGGUUCGGACUGAACUCGACAACAGAGUUUAUACCGAACUUGCUGCUGUGUGACAGUGGUUUCCAAGCUCCAGGACAGGACUUCUUCCUGCGUCUCACACACGCCUCUGUCCUGCCUUUUUAUUUGCUCGUGCUGCUCGUCUGCGUGCUCUCAAUCAUGCAGACCAUCUACAGAAGACUCAGUGGUGAGCGUGCGAUGGGCAGCGUGCAGAUGGAGGACGGGCGGAUUGGAGAGCGGCCAGAGGUGAUCUACCACGUGUUCCACACAUUGCUGUUUGGAGCUCUUGCCAUGCUGUUUCAGGGGUAUUUACACAUCGCUAUUGCUAUGAUGAAGUAUCUCUGGACCCCAUACGUGUGCAUGUUCACUGCGUUUGGGGUGUGUUCACCAGAGCUCUGGAUGACUGUGUUUAGAUGGCUUAGACUAAAGUCUGUCCAUCCUGUAGUGCUGGCACUAAUCCUGAGCACUGCAGUACCGACCAUCAUUGGUUUCAGCUUAUGGAGAGAGUACUUCCCACGUGUGCUGUCAGAGCUUACAGAAGUACAGGAGUUUUAUGAUCCUGAUACAGUGGAGCUAAUGAACUGGAUUAGGAGUCAGGCUCCGCUCUCGGCUGUGUUUGCAGCGAGUCCUGCGCUGUCAGGAACUGUGAAGGUGUGCACGGGCUGGCCGGUCACCAGCCUCCCACUCUACGCAGACCUCAGCCUGCUGCAGAGGACCGAGAGUACAUAUCAGGUUUAUGCCAUGAGGUCUGCUGAGGACGUCUAUAAGCUGCUGACAGCUCAGAAGUCAAGUUACGUCAUCGUCGAAGAGGACCUGUGUAACGAGAUGAGUCCUGUCAGAGGCUGCAGGAUCAAAGACCUGCUCGACUAUGCAAAUGGCCAUGUGGUGUAUGACAAAGGGGAAAUGUACACUUUCUCCAAACAUGGGCGAUUCUGUCACGAGAUCAAAAUGAACUACUCUCCAUACACCAACUACUUCACGCGAGUGUUCUGGAACCGCUCGUACCAUGUCUACAAAGUCAACUCUGUCAUCUCCUUUCAAUACUGACACCUGCUUUCAUCAAUUCUGAUCAAUACAGUCAACUCCGUCACCACCUCCCCCAAUACUGAUGAAUGAAGAGUCAACUCCGUCACCACCUCCCCCCACUACUGAUGAAUGAAGAGUCAACUCUGUCACCACCUCCCCCCAAUACUGAUGAAUGCAGAGUCAACUCAGUCACCACCUCCCCCCAGUACUGAUGAAUGCAGAGUCAACUCAGUCACCACCUCCCCCCAGUACUGAUGAAUGCAGAGUCAAUUCCGUCACCACCUCUCUCAAUACUAAUGAAUACGGCAUCAAUUCCUUCACCACCUCUCUCAAUACUAAUGAACACGCCGUCAAUUCUGUCACCACCUCCCUCAGUACUAAUGAAUAUGACGUCAGUUCCAUCACCACCUCCCUAAUACUGAUGAAUACAUUCAAGUCCGUCACCACCUCUCCCAAUGCUGAUGAAUGCAGAGUCAACUCCGUCACCACCUUCCAAAACCGACAGCUACCAAAUCAGUUCAGUCGUCCUCUCAAAAUACCAAUGACUAUGGAGUUAACUUUAUGGAAGUCCACACAGUCAACUCAGUCACCCUUUUCAAUACUGAUAGAUCCCAAGUCAAGCCUUUUACUGAAUUCCAACACCAGUGUCUAGAGUUAAUUCCAUCAUGCCCUUCCAAUAUUUAUGCCUCUUUUUUUCCCCCCCCCCCUCCUUUUUUCGACCCUCACUCCUCAACUAGCUCUGUGUUACUGAUUAUCUGAAAUCCAGUACAGUGGGAGUAGAAAUCCUCCGAGGUAUUGGAGAAUGGAUUUUAAAAUGUUUCACAUUGCAGUUAUGCACAACAACGUUUAGUACUGUUUUGUGUGUGUGUGUGUGUCACAGAUCUGUUCAGGUGUCCAGUUACAGGACCUGUUCAGUAUCUGUAGUUCUGCCUCUGAGCUUUUUUGUUGUGAAUGCACAGCCCUGUGGUGGCCGUGUUUUUGAAAGCUGCUGUCCGGCUAUGAAAAGACCUUCCAGAAAGGCUGCCACUGGUGGGUGUUGGGGCUGUGGUCUGAGAGGGAAUCAUGGGUAGUGCAGGCUGGCUCUGUGACUGCCGAAAGUGGAAUUUGCAUUCUCUUCUCUUUUCUUGUUUAAACACUGUAUCAUGUCUCAUGUAUAACUGAGAAAAAGAGAGCAGGAAAUUGCUGAGCUAUUGUUAUGGCUAAUAACAUGGUCAAACUGUUGAAAACACCCACACAUUAAACCAGAGACUACUUCCA